UUUUUGACAGUUGUCAAUAAAAACAUCGUGAGUUGUGGAUUUCGUUUCGUAUCAGUUUAAUUCAUUGAUUUUUCAUGGUUUUCUUUACAGAUAUAGUUUAUUAUUAGAUAAAAAGUGUAUUAGAGAAAACGGUGCGUUUGAUUGGUGAGUUAACUAUUGUAAAAGUCGCUGGGAGCAGGAGUACAUUGUUCAUUUAACAUGGCGCUGUGUAACGACAUGUGCGGGUGAUAACGCUCGUCCUUUGUCGUGUUAGUUUUCUAUUUUGAGUGUAAAACGUUUGUGUUGUUAAUGAUUUAUCAGUCGCGUGUGUUUGUAACGUCGAAGGGCUGUUACAUAACGGAUUUUGGGUCUUGUAUGUAACGUUACGACACAGCUACUGCAAUGGUGAAAACCCGUCGCAGUAAUGGAGAAAAUGGGGAGGUUGACGAUGGGAAUUACGCUAUGAACGACGAGAGCAUCGUGUCUGAAGAGAAGACCCCUAAGACCUCUAACUGGACCCCACGAGAGUUAAGGAGUAGUCAAUAUAAAGUGACCAGAAAGAUACAACACUGGCCUACUAAAUAUAGCCGACGUCUUCGUACCAUUAAGAUGCCUCGGAUCAUGUUCCCCGAAAGUGAUACAGAACCUGAGAAAUAUUCAAGGAGAUCCAGACAAGUGCGAGUGUUCUUCGCCGAUGACAACGAUUCCACCAACAGAAGCGUGAAGAUACGCCGCAGUCGGGCUCCUAGGAAGAACUAUAUGGAGGACAGUGAGGAUAAACCUAUUCAAGAAAAUGUCCGAAGAAGCUGUCGCAAGCGCAAGCUCUUACAUCACAAUUUCAACGAGAGCUGGAUCACGAACGAGCUGAAGGUCAAAGGCUACCCUGACCUGUACGGGUUCCCUGGCUCUAGUUCCUCAGAUGAAUUCUCUUCAGCUGACGAGGCCAGAGUUGCCUCCAAGAAACUUACACGUAGUCACCCCCCAACCAACACCGAUGAAGACACCCAGCUGUCGCGACAGAGAAGAACUUCUGCCAGAUUCAACAACAAAAAGACUAUUGACGCGACAGAAUCAGAUUCAGAGGAGGAGAACAAUCAGACAGUUAUUGAGAAGAAGCCGUCGACGGAGACUAAGAAAGAAGAUGAGAACAUGGACACAGAAGCACCUGCUGCUGACAAAGAGGAUGAGAAAGAAGUAAAGCAGGAAGAGGAACCUGUACAGGGACAGGAUAGUGAGAGUAAUCAAGCUCCAACAAGAAGUAGUAGAAGAAGGCCUGUCAGAAGUAGAACUAAGAAGGUGGAUAGUCAACAGGAAACAGAGUCCUCAUCCUCGGAGUCGGGCAGCGAAUUAACACUAAGCCGUCAGCCGCGUCGCUCCAAGCGCACGCGCAAACCUAAACCUGCCUUCAUGCAGAUUGCACAGGAUGAGACGCGGUCUAGAGCAAAAACGUUCACAAUUAGAAAGAAGCCAUACUGCCUUAGAGAGAGGAAACCGAAAAUAUUGCGUAGAAAGACAAUCAGAUCACAAUCGCCGUCCAGUACGACCAGUAGCAGUAGUACUUCUAGUUCGGAUACGGAAGAAGAUCUUAAUGUUUCUAUGAAAAAUAAGACUAAGGGCAGUUUAUUUUCCAGACAAAAGUCAAAGUCUACAGAUGACAAGAAGACAGACCGGGCACUAAGAGACAUACAGCCAGUCGAAGUGGAUGGCAGUGUCAGAUUUACUUCUGUGGGAGGUCUAGAAGAGCACAUUAAAUGUCUUAGAGAGAUGGUACUCUUCCCUCUAAUGUACCCGGAUCUCUUCCAAAAGUUCAAGACGAGGCCAGCCAAAGGCGUCUUGUUCCACGGCCCGCCCGGUACUGGUAAAACGUUACUAGCAAGAGCUUUAGCCAACGAGUGUACACUGGUCGGUGGAAGGAAAGUCGCUUUCUUCAUGAGAAAAGGAGCUGAUUGUUUGAAGAAAUGGGUCGGAGAGAGCGAGCGGCAUUUGAAAUUGCUGUUUCAACAGGCGAACAAAAUGAAACCGUCAAUAAUAUUCUUCGACGAGAUCGAUGCGCUGGCGCCGGUACGUAGCGUGCGACAGGAACAAGUACACACUAGUGUCGUCGGCACGCUACUGGCUGAGAUGGACGGCUUGUGUGAUCGGGGUGAAGUAGUAAUAAUCGGUGCGACGAAUCGUUUAGACGCGGUAGACCCUGCGUUACGUCGCGCGGGUCGAUUCGACCGAGAGCUUCACUUCCCGCCGCCGCACGCCGCCGCUAGACGGGACAUAUUGGAGAUAUACACUAAGGAAUGGACACCCAGACCUAGUGAAGAGACUUUAGAUUAUCUGGCUGAAGUCACUGGGGGUUAUGGAGGUUCGGAUCUGAAGGCGUUAUGUUCGGAGGCAGUGUUGAAGGCGCUGCGUCGAGUGUACCCGCAGGUGUACGAGAGUGAACACGCCCUCGUUAUUGAUGCUAAGAAUGUGGAGGUGACCCGCGCGGACCUGGUAUCAGCGAUGCAGGGUCUGGUGGCGGCGGGCGCCCGCAGCGGGCCGCAGUCGGCGCGCCGCCUGCCCGCGCCCGCCCAGUCGCUGCUGCAGCCGCAGGUACACGCCGCCACACUGCUACUGCAGCAUUGCUUCCCGCUGGCCCAAGGCGAGGAUAAUAGGAUAACCGACCCCGUUCUAUCACAAAGCGUGCUCCUAAUAACGGGCGAGUGCGCAGAGACCCACAUAGCUCCCGCACUACUCGCCCAGCUAGAGCAUUGCACUGUGAAGGAACUCAGCAUGUCCACCUUACACUCCGCUCUCACCUUCACGCAAGAACAGGCUGUAAUAUCAGUAUUCUCGGAGUGUCGUCGCGCGGACCGUGGCUGCGUGCUGUACAUCCGCGACGUGUCCGUGCUGGCGGCGGUAGGCCUGUGUGCCCUGCUGAGGCAGCUGUGUCGCGCCCGCGCCGCCGGGGACCGGACCUUGGUACUGGCCACCGCGCAGGUCGCGCAUCAUGAACUGCCGCAGGAGUUACAAGAGCUGUUCCCGGUGUACAAGGACUGCGUAUACAGGGUGCGUGAGCCCAGUGCUGCUGAAGUCAUUAGCUUCCUGAAGCCAAUACUGGCUGAUGCACUGCUAGACCCACCGCCCAUUGAGAGCAACGAGCCUCCUCCUCCAUUACCGAGAGCGCCCCCACCGCCACCACCGCGCGAGUCGGCGGAAGAGAUGACGCGACGCAAGCGCAAGGAAGACUACAAGCUGCGCGAGCUCAGGAUAUUCCUGCGGGACAUCUGCAGGAAGCUGGCGUCAAACCGGCGGUUCUACAAGUUCACCAAACCUGUGGACUUGGAAGAGGUAACCGACUACCUAGACAUAAUAAAGCAGCCGAUGGACUUGGAGACUAUGAUGACCAAAGUCGACAUGCACAAGUAUAACUGCGCCAAAGAGUUCCUAGACGACAUCGACCUUAUAUGCGCAAACGCACUCGAGUAUAACCCGGACAGUGCUAGAGGGAUGUAUAGAACGUCAUCAGACAAACAGAUACGUCACGAAGCGUGCUCGUUGCGCGACCAUGCGCACGCGCUUAUCGACGUCGAGAUGGACAGUGACUUCGAACUGGAGUGCCAGGAGAUUGCCAAGAGGAGGCACGAGGAGGGCAUGGCGGAUAACGAUCUACCUGACUUCAUUUGUACAGCUUCUAAUUUACAUCACUUCGACUCAAUAGUGAGCGAUAAGUCGCGAACGCCUCAGAAUGGCGACAAAAGUGAUCCGCAUUCGGUGAAACGCAAGCGUAGACGUAUGAACGCGUGGUCCAAGGGACUGGUUGUGAAACGACAGAAGACUUCAAAGAACUUCAAAGACUCAAGUAUGGCGAUAACAGACGAAGAAUCUAAAGAGAACAAGCCGAUCACAUCGACUCCGCUCCCCAACGGCGAAGUGAGUACAUCGUCGGGCAGCGACGACGACGCGCCACUGCGCCGGCCGCAGGACAACGAUACCCUAUUCAAUAUAUCUGCGCAGACCGUCGUACAUAACCAUGUGUUGGAAAGUCCUACGAAGUCGACAGAAAAGACACCCUCAAAGACAUCACCAAAGAAGAGAAAUUCAGGCCACGAAAAUACGAGUGCAGAAACGGAGAAAGUACUGAUAAACAAGACUGAGUUAGAUAACGUUGUAUAUAAGAACGCGAAGUCACUUCGGACGAUCGGGCUUGAAGCGCUACUGGACUUGCACGCACAAAUGUCGCAAGCAGUCUCAACUUACGCCAGUAAACUCGACCGGACUAAACUGCCACAGGAUCUUAAUACAAUCGUCACGAGGUACUUGCAGUACGCGAAGAAAUGAACAGUAUAAGUUAUGUUUGAAGUUUCGAACUCAUAAGGUAAGCCUGGUUAUAUGUACAAAUGGGUAGUUCUAGUAUAUUGUUUGGCCUAGCGCGAGUUUGUUUUACGUUGACGCGAUCGUUGCGUUGUAACGUUCGGCGCUCUCAUUGGCCAGCACCAAUUAAUCAACCAAUCAGACGGCUAAACGGUAACGUUUCGGUCGCGUUGACGUAAAACAAACUGGCACUAGACCCUCCGAUUGUAAGAGGAUGUUUGGCUAAGAAACUCUUGUAGUUUGGGUUUAUUUUUCUUUGUUGUAAGUGAUUUGAGGAUGUUUGCUAAGGUCGCGAAAGAAUAGAUCAAAUCGAGUUCUCGUAAUUACGUAUUAUUAAUGUUAAAUGAACAAUCUAAUGUACGAAGCGAUGGCUUAAAAGGAGCGUAUUACAAAGUUAUUAAUGUUAAAACAAGGUUGUUUUACAGCAUCGAAUGUAAUCGAUUUCGUUAUUUAAUCGAUGCUUUAAAACGGUAUCGAGUUAAUCGAUAUUGUUUGUCUAAUCGGUUUACCAUUAGUAUUAACUGCCAUCAGUAUAGGUAGUAGAUGAAAGUUUGGAAUAUAACAUUCCAUAAUUUAUAUCAAAUCGAUCAUAUCUUAAGCGCCUUGUCCAAAGUUGUUUAAAAUGUAUGACAUAUGUAUGAAAUAUGUUUAGAAUGUUAGUUAAUGAAAAUUGAUUUUUUCUGAACAUGCGCAAGCGCAGCGUUACGCAAUAAUGACUAAGACGAUGUGUGUAAGUCUUAGUUGGUACCUAUGCCAUGUUUGUUUGGCCUAUUAAAAGACAUUUUUGAAAGAUUGUUAUAAUAUAAAAUUCUACUUUUAAACUAACAUGAAUCAUAAGGAUUUCGUUUCAAAACAAUCUACCUCAUCUAUAAAACAACGAGCGCAGAACAUUUUAAAGUUAUUUUUCUGACGGACAAGGCGCUUAUAAGCUGGCACUUCGGCGGAUGCCCAUAAUAAGAAUUUUGAAACUUAUGUAAACGACAUAAAGUUUAAAGUGUUGUGAUGUACGUUCGCCAAAGUUAGCUGGCUUUAAAGUGGAAUGUAGACAAACUAUUAGACUACAAUUUGCUUUAGACAUACACCUCAUUUAGUGACUAGGGAUAAGGGUAUUUUGCAAUUGGGGCAAUAGGGAUGAUGACGGGGUAUGAAAAUUAAAAAUCUAAUUAGUCAGUUAGGUAAUGAAAAAAUAUUAGACACGUAUUUUUUUAUUUUGUCAUAUAAGAUAACAAUACUUAGAUAACACGAAUCAAAGUUUAGGAGUGGGAGCUAACUACGUCACUAUAGAGUAUAAAACUAUAAAACGUGCUCUAAAGUGACGUCACGCGAUAUUUCAAAUCGAUAUAUCUUUGAAAGUAUUUGUUUCCGUAAGAAAAUAAAAAAUACGUGUCUAAUAUUUUAAAAUAAUCUACAAGACGGACAUUAAAAUAAAAAUUAGUCAUCUACCCUAUUGGGGAACUUUAAUUAUUUUGGGUUAAAUUUUCAAUAAAGCUUUCAAAAAGCAAGAGUAAUAAUUUUAAUAACAAAGCAAUAAACAAUAUUUAUUUGCUAAAAAUACUAUUAAUAUAUUCUAUAAUUUUAAACGAUGUCUACAUAAAUACGAAAGAAAAAGGCUAAACAUUUAUUCACUGAUUCGUAGGCGAACGUAUGUAUUCGAAAGGUCUAUAAUCUAAUAGAUUGUCUACAUUCUACUAAAACAUUAAGAAAGACGAACGAGUUGUGGUCCCUUAAUGGACGUAUACCGAUCACUGCCUACUAGGCUUUGCGAAUAGUUAUUAAAACGAAUAAGUAUGUGUGGAGGUCUAUACAAAGUUAACAAACGAUAAUCGACUUUAACGUCUUUAGAAUACAGUUGAUAUUUUGUUGACAUUGAUGUGAUUGUUAGGUAUGCUGUUUUCGACUGUAUUAUAAGGAUGUUAAAGUUGGUUUUGGUUUGUCAAGACUGUAUUGGCUGAAUAGUCGAAUAUUAACCAUUCCUAAUGAGCCAAAUUGUGUGAGAUUACCAAUAUUUAAUGUUUCAUUGUAAUGCUAUUGGUUUUAUUUCUAAUAUUCUGUGGGAAGUAUUAGAUUUGUAUUUAAAUUACUGAAUAGAAAUAGCAAUUUUGCGCUAAACGAGUAAUGAAAGCCUCAUAGAACACUAAUAGUAAGAAUUGGUUUAAUAAAAACACUUUCGGUGGGAAAUUUUGGAUCAAAUGUUUCAUAUAAUUUAAGAUGGUAUAUUAUGUUUACGAGAAUAAGGACCAGAAAUACAGAUCGAAAAAUUCAAUAAAAAUACAACAAUUUAUAAUAAUGCACACUAAGUCACAAGUAUUAUAUUAGCUCAAUAAUAAAAAUAUCAAUCUGAAUGAAUACACCGAUGACAAGGCCGCGCACGUAAGGUCGGGACUACGAACAUAAAAUAAUUAUUGUCUUGUUAAAGAUUUUACGAGCGAACUUGUAAUUUAUUGCAUUACAGUACACAGUAAUUACACAGAGGUUUUAUGUCUUAAUAAUAAGACUAUUGAUUCACUUAGUUGAUAUUUUUACUUCAUAUUUAUGUUGCUUAGCUCUUAGAAAUAUUAUACAAGUCAAUCGCUCAUAUAUUUAACAGAUAUGUGACUUAAAAUUAGUUGAAACUUUUCUCAGGUAAAUAGACAUGAGUAAGCCGUUAUUUUAAUUUAAUAUGUCCCGGUAACCCCCUAGGCAGUCCGCAGUUUCGGGUCGGUAUUAGCCCUACUGGGCCCCAUCUAAGCUGGUCUGAUAGCUCUUUGAGGCGCGCGCGGAGCCUUUGUUACUUGAUGGGGCAUCCACUAUACGGUAAAUAAUGUUGGUAAAAAUAAUAUAUUAAUUGAUCGUAGUUCCACAAUAGCCAAUAGCAUUGCAAUGAAUCCUAGCUUAGGUUUAAAACUACAAGUAAAGCCCGCUGGUCUGUGAUAUGUACAGAAGGUUUAUAUUUCUAUGUAUAUACGUAUCUCUCUCUCUGCUAGGCGCUUGCUUUGUACAGCGUGUUUCUAUUUGAUUGGUCGACGAACAAAAUGUAUUACUAAUAUCAUAGCAAUUAUAAUAUUGUUUGAAUGCUCUUAAUGAAGGUUUUAGUAAGGUUAUAUUGAUUGAGCCACUGUUAAGAGAAUGAUGAUGAAUAAAAUAUGAUUGAGAUUGAACACAGUUCCUGACUACAGAAAUAAUCAAAUACUUAACUUUUACCUAUGGACUUGAAUGUGAAUUUAUAAUUACUGCAAUUAUGUAGUGACCAUUUGUAAUGUUUGGUACGAGUUCAAUGAUAAUGGAGAUUAAAUAUUUCCAUGUGAUAAUUUAUUUUUCUAACUAAACGGCCAAUCAAAUGGAUCAAACUUAUAUUCUCUUAUUACGAUAAAAUAAUAACAAAACAAAUAUAAAAAUAGCGUGUUAAUAUACAAACAAAAUUAUAAACAAUUUGGCUUUUUAGGUGUGAACAAAAAUCUUAUUAAUUAAUUAUUAUAGAGCACUGAUUUGCGAUUUUGAUUUUAAAUAAAAUUUACCAAAUAAGCUGAGUUAAUCUUGCUUAAUUUAGAAUAAGGUUGUACUAACAUUAACGUAAUUAUAAAAAAAUAUAUCUAAUUAAUGUUCAAUUUGAUUUUUUACGUUUAAAUUAUUUUUUGUUUCUGUGAAGUUUGAAUUGUAUCCUCCCCCUAAACAUGGGGGACUUAAAAGUGGUGAAAGGUGGGUGUUGCAUUGUCUAUGCGCACCUCUAUCCACUGUGGAGGUGGGAAGGCGUGACGUAAUGUGUAGUAGAGAUGUGUCCAUCCGAAUUUAUGAAAAAAAAAAUUGAAUGUUUAGCGUGUCUUUGGAAUUAUAAAUGUUUAAAUAGCGAAUGUUUAAGAUGUGAAAUGUUAAUGUUAUUCGUGUGUUCGAUGGCCAUUUUAAAUAGUCAUUUAAUUGAUGUGUUUCGCGGAAACGUAAUGUUAGGAAAAUUAAUAAUUUGGAGUAUACACUUCUUUAUAUAAGUAACCACUAUUAUAUGAUAUUUAAUGGUAACUUAUAUAGGAGUGGUAUUGGUCCAGUACAUCUAUGUCCUUGUAGAAUAGAUUAAAGUAAAAAUUGCUGUAAAGAACUUAAAAAUAAAUAUGACAUUGUAUGUCCAUGGGAUGUUUUUGACAUAAACCUCAAAGUGAUCUCUAAAAUAUAAAUUAUUGCUAUUUAGUAUAUACUAAUGAGCAUAUUAACUUUUCUUUGCCAUCUAUAAAGCUCUAACGGCAAAAUAAAUGUCAAAGACUAUAUCAUUGACACACAAUUUGAUACUCUUUAGUCGGUCAGUUAAGGCCUAAGUUAUUUUUACUUCUUGUGUUCUAAUUUAAGGCCGUAGAUGUGUAAAUUGUAAGGAUUACGUGUGUAAUUGUCAUAAACAUUAUCUAAUUAAACAAGGACAAUCGUAUUGUCGAAUAAAGUAAAUGUGUAGUGAAUAAUGGUAGGUUUUAAUGAUUAUGAACCUUAUUACAGAAAUGAUAAGGUUGGUUUCUCUUCCACAACAAGGUCGCUGAAUAAUAUCAACCUUAAGUCAGUCUUUGGUAAGGUUCAAAAUUGACUGCCAGAAAGACAGGGAAAUACUACAGAAUCUUAUUCCAAAAUAAGAUUAUAUACGUGUUGUGAAUGGUCUGAUUUGAACUAAGAUCGAAUCGAGUAAGUGCAUGUGAAAUUUACCUUUAUUUACAUUUUCCUUAAGAGCUCUAAUUGCAGUUAUAAUUUAAGAAUUGUUUUAAAUGUGACUAUUGUUAGAGUAUUUGCAUUAAUAAAAAUCUCCUUACUUAUAAGAUUGACGAUUUAAAUGUUUAGCGAAUAGAUUUUUAUAAAAUAAGAAACUAUUGGUCCAGUAACUUAGACGAAACGAAGUAUUAUUUAUAGUAAACAUUAUUUUUCGCUAGUAAGGCAGACAAUCUUGCCAAACCUGAGCGGACGAUUGCUUAAAAUAAGCAAAUAGUCUAAAGGUAAAGAGACUAAAAGCUACACUAGCGCCGCCAAUAACUCGCCUCUCAUAACAUUCAAAAUCUCAUGCCAUAUUUCUAUCAUAGCUAUAAGUAAGGAGCAAGCAUUAAUAUUGGUUUAUUAGUACUUAAAAUUAUUCAAAUAAUAUAACUUAAACAAUUCUCUAAUGUGUAUCUGUAUAUAAUAAUGAUAAAAUAAUAAUAUUUAUGGAAUAAUAAUAAUAAUUGAUACAAAAACCGUGUGAUAUUGAAGGAAUCAAUAAAUAUGUUCAAGAAAAUAGUUACCUCAAACUCUUUCUGUACCCCAAAUUAUUUUUUGAGGUUAAAACGGCGUAAGUCCAAUAUGACGUGGUAAGCGUUGAUUUGUAAUUUGAUACUUUAACGCCUUGCAAUAAAGUCGUUAGGCACGGUAGCAAAUUUUAUUUGAACAUUUUGUUUUAAAAUUAAACCUUUACACCACCUAUUACAAGUCUUAUGCCGUUUUAAUCUCAAAGGGCUAUAUUCAGGAAUCAUUCUGCCAGAAGAAGCAUUCUGAUUGGCUAUUCAUUGUUGAUCUACCAAUCAAAAGUCUCUGUUUUUUCUAGGACUGGAUAAUUGCUGAAUAAAGUCUGAUAGAAGUCGUGUGCAAUUUUUUUACUUAUCGAAAUAGAUUAUAAAGUAUUGACUACGUAUGUAAACGAUUAAGUGAGUGUUUUUUAAUCUGUGACCUAAAAUAUUAUGUGUUACCACAGGAAAAAUAAAUUAGUGUUACCAGCCAUAGAAAACUGAAUAUUGUCAAAAUUAUUGUUUUUUUACUUAUAUGACAAUGUUUUAUUAAAAAUGACCAAAUGAAUGCCAUUAUACAAAUAUACCUUUGUCUCAAUGAUAAAAAUUCUUGAAUAGAUCAAAAUAUAUUUUGCCUUAAACUGGUGGGUCGCAGAUUAAAAAACAUUAAAAUAAUUCAAUAGAUAGACAUUUCGAAAAGAAAAUAAUAAAAUUGUAAGACAGAAUAUUAUAAUACUAAAUAAAAUAUUGUAAUAAAAUGAAUAAAACUGCUUGCAUUUGCUCAACGAGUAUGUACGGUAUGUGUAAGCGCUCACAGUAACCACCGUUCGACUAGUAUAUAAUUUUGUAUUUAUAAAUCAUAUUUAAUGAAACUGAAAAUAAAAGGGUAUGAUUUCAUGUGAUAUCGAA